AUGAAGAAGAAAGCGGCUGGUAUUCAUGCUAGAGCCAAAGAUAUCAUCAAAAGAGUCAUUGCGCAAGCACACAGACCGGAUGCACCAGAGGCUAGCACAGAAUAUCUUUGGAUUUGUGAUGAAGUUAAGAAAGAGUCUUCUUUUCCCAAACGAUUAGAAUUAUUGGUGGCUUUAGUGCACUAUCUGUGCGAUUGGUAUAAGAAACAAGAAGAGGCUAAUAAGACCCAAUCAAUGGGUAAGUUCUUUAUUCAUAUGAUUUACUUCUUCUAUUGCAUCCAGUUCGAGCAGAAGUACAUGGAAGAGAAAGUAGUUGAGCCGUUAAUUAAAAUAGAGUUGCCAGUUAGUGUUUUAGGGUCACUUAUUGAUAGUGCAUUAGGACAUGCGGAUGUUCAAGAGAUUUUACUGUACUUUAUCAAUGAAAAGGUCUUGGUAGUUGCCUUAGCCUGGAAAGACUAUCAGUAUAUCUCUAACCGGGCCUUGCAGAGUUUAGAGGAAAGAAUAGAUCAGGCUUUCUCUCCCCCGAACACUGAAGUUCCGGCUCUGGAGAAGUACGUCAAAGAAAAAGAGGCCUACUUAAUUGUACAGUCCCUUAUGAAUUAG